UGAAAUGUCAUAACAAACGCACGUGCGUUGCAGGUUGAACAUACGGAGAGUGCCAAACAGGUAGCUUGGUGCAAGUUUUCGGGGAAAUGUUUUAUUUAAUUGGUUUGGGACUUGGCGACCCCAAGGAUGUGACAGUCAAAGGAUUAGAAAUUAUAAAAAAGUGUGAUCGAGUUUACUUGGAGUCAUAUACAUCCAUUUUGACGUGUGGACAGACAGCACUGGAGGAAUUCUACGGCCGUUCAUUGAUUUUAGCCGACCGUGAAUUAGUUGAACAAGGAGCAGAUGAUAUCCUUGCUGGCGCUAACACUCAUGAUGUUGCAUUGCUAGUCGUAGGUGACCCAUUUGGUGCUACAACUCAUACUGACUUCAUCCUGCGAGCCAAAGAAAAGGGAAUCCCCUUUCAAGUAGUCCACAACGCUUCAAUUCUAAAUGCCGCCGGCUGUUGUGGAUUGCAACUGUAUUCAUUUGGUGAGACCAUUUCGAUACCUUAUUGGGACGACACAUGGAAACCGGACAGUUUUUACGAUAAAAUUAAAAUGAACCGUGACAACAACUUGCAUACAUUAUGCUUAUUGGACAUUAAAGUAAAGGAGCCAACGCUGGAAUCAUUAACGAAGAAGAAACGUGAAUAUAUGCCGCCGAGAUUCAUGAGUGUGAAUGAGGCUGCCGUGCAGCUAUUAGAGAUUUUAAAGAAGAAACGCAGUGAAGGAAUUGCUGAUGAAGACUUGGCAUACACAGAAAAAUCUUUGUGCAUCGGUUUAUCUCGAGUUGGCCACGAAAGCCAACAAAUUGUUGCUUGCAGUAUGUUAGAAAUGGUGCAAAGCGAUUUAGGUGCCCCUCUACAUUCACUUAUCAUUCCGGCUGAAAAGUUACAUCCGUUAGAAGAAGAAUAUGUGGCGCUUUUUAAGAAGUAAUGGAAAUAUUUGUACAUGUGAGGCGAUAAUACUGUUUUAUAUUUGUGCAUAAACCUAUUUUAAUAUAUUCGAAAUGCGAUUAAAAUUUUCAUUUUCAUCAA